UCUCUUUAAACCUCAUUUUUAAUUAGAUAUACGAGAAGAACAAAAAACCAAAGUCCACGAAGACACCCCGUUUACGUCCCCCAUAAGUGGUUUAUGAACGGGCCCUUAAUACUACAGACAAUAAAUAUGAUUCAUGUAAAAUUUUACAACUACCUUGUCUUACCCAAAAUAAUGUACUCAAUUACUUCGCAAAACAUAAUGCAACAGUAUGUGCUGAAUUCAAAGCUCAUCUUAUUUACAGACGGAAGUGUAGCAUCCAAAGUUGGCCAUACUGUCUUCUAGCAGCAUACUGGCAUAAAAACAAAGAACCAAUGCAUAUCUCCGUGCCAUAUUAAAGCCCAUUAGAGUGAUGGAUUGUGCUUGCUCGAAUGCAAAUCAUCACAACAAUUGUUAACAUAUUAUCCCACCAGUUGUAAGCGAGGCCACUGUCAUUAGAGUAGUUUGAUCGACCCAACGGAUUGGAGGAUGUAUGCAAAUUCUAGAGUAUUUGUCCAAAGCAGAAUUAAAACGACCGAUAACGUAUCACUAUUUACUUCAGAUGACACAUUAGGACACUGCAAGGGAAUGCCGACAGCCGUUUGUGGAUCUGCAGCUGACGGUAUUAUUUUUUUUUCAUUGCACAUUUCGCUCAGCCGUCGCACUUAAACGGUUAAGGUCGAUAGGCGGUUACUCUAUUGCUGUGCAGCAAGAGAUCGUACAUCUCGCGUGUAGGUUUUUGUUGAGCGUAAACGUGAUUUGCACCAGGGCAUUGGAAAACUCGUUUUGCUUCGCUGGCAGUCAUUGAAGCUGCAUUAGAACGUGAUAGAAGUGUUGCAGUUUUGGCAAUGGAAAUUCGAGCAUGUCUGCUGGUACUUUGCAUCGUCGCUUUCAACGGUUCUGUCUGUUCCGGAGGUCGAGCCGUUCCAUAUAAAGCAGUUAUUGAGUACAAGGGAAUCGCAUUUUGUGGCGGAUCUGUUAUAGAGACGGUGUGGAUUCUAACUACCGCCAAAUGUGUGAUGAACAAAACGGUUUCCUACAUCACUGUUCGGCUCGGUUACAACAGCAACAACGAAAGUGGCUCACUUUAUAGUGUAAAAUCUGCGCACAUUCACCCAAAGCACAAUCCGGAAACAUCGAAACGAGCAUUGGCCUUGCUGAAGUUGGGUGUCCCGGUGAAGUACUCCUCGACGAUCAAUUCAAUUCCAUUGGUGAAACCAGGCUACGGAAUGGAGGAGGGAACCCGUUGUUCUAUACCGAGCUCAAUAGUAAAUGUAACGGACAUCAAAGCCAAACUAUGGACCAGAGAGAAAUGUCAAACCGCUUACCCCAGUACAUUGAAUCUAACAGAUGAUGCUCUAUGCGCGAAGAUUACGACCAACAAUAGCUACAGCAUCCAGUGCAGUGACCAUCAGCAUCAGCACCAGCACCAGCACCAGCAACGAUUCAUGCUCGGCAGCCCGCUAGUAUGCGAAGGCAAACAGGUUGCAAUUGUGUCUCGUUUGGGCGCUGAGUCUCUGCCGAUGCCAGGCCAGUGUAGUGACGACCUGGGACCCACUGUACCACAUGGAGGUUAUGGUUUGCCGGAUUUUUUCACGGAUGUCGCAUUCGGUGAUAAAUGGAUUAGCUCUCUAGUGGUGAGAAGAAAGCGCAAACCUACCGGUAGCAAACGCAGAUCAACGGGCAGAAGCUUUAGGUUGCCCUAUCACCGUAAUGGGGCCCGAGGGAGCAGUCACAGCAUGAUCGGUGUCAUGCUGGUGAUCAGUGUAAUUGGAUUCUGUAGUGUGUGUUGCUUGUGAGCGCGGUCGGGAACGUAAACUGCUAUUCUAGUCAAUCGGAUAAAGUAUGACGAUGGUGCUUUAUAAUUUUCCUAAUCUUAGUUUUAUUAAAUUAUUUUUCCUAU